AUGGCCCUGAUGCUGUCCGACGCACGAGACUAUGAGGGGAACGCGCGGAAGAGUCUCGAUGCACGCCUUAAGGCCAUGGGCAUCACCAAGAUGGGCCACCGGUGCGGGGUCAUGGCUGCGUUGCCAGAGCUGCGUGCGUCGAGCCGCUCAGAGCGCCUCGAGAGGCUCAAGGCGGUGGGUCUGAGUAAGCUCGGGCACCGUCUGGGCGUGCUGAACCUGCUCGACGAGCUCAACGGGGCCGAAACCUGCACGCGUGCCACGGCGGAGGCUGGAGCGGCGUCCGGCUCGGGCCCGACCGGCGGAGCUGCGGCUGUGGCGACAGCCGCGCCGGCGGUAGAUGCGGAGGAUGCGGCGAGUGGGAGUGCGCCGGUUGAGGAGCCCCCGCGGGCGCUGGUUCGGGCGGAGCCGGCGGCGGGUGCCGAGGACGGCUGGCUGCUGCACGAGGAGUGGGUUGUGGUUCACUCUCCGCUCGUGUUUGUGCGCGAGGAGCCGGAGGACGAGUCGCGCAAGCUGGGGUACAAGUGGCGGGGCGAGCGGGUGGCGGUGAGCGGCGAGCGCGGGCCGUGGCUCAAGCUCGCGCUCGAGGAGGGCUGGAUGCUGCGGGACGGGUCCGCCCUCGGACUCGGCUGUCUGCUCGAGCCGGCUGCGAGGGCGAGCAAGGCGCUGCCUGCGCCGGGCGGCGAGGCGGGCGGCGCGGCGGGCGGGCAAGGCGGAGGCGCGGGGGUGCUGGUCUUUGAGAAGAAGUUUCCGAAGCGGACCCCGCGGCCAGAGGCGAGGCUGCGCUCCGAUCCGCGCACAGACCCGGAGGGGGUGGAGGCGAGCGUGCGGGCUGGCAUCGAAAAGACGCAGGAGGGGUACAACGCCGCCAAGCUGCCCCACCGGCUGCGCGCCUGGCCGCCCGCAGGCCCGCUCUCAGUCGCCGGCGCGGCGGGCGUGCCGGUCAACGUGGACGAGAUGGACGCGAGUGCGUUCGGUGGAUCGGCGGGCGGCUUGUCUCCCCUCGCCGCCGCGCUCGGCGAGCGGUGGGUCGCUCAGAACCGGCCCGUCAUCUUGCGAGGCGCGCUCCGGGGCUGGCCGCCGCUGCAGCGGUGGAGCGACUCGUACCUGCGGUCGGCUGUGGGCGGGAAGGCGGUGCCGGUCCGCCACUCGCCGCAGGAGUGCGAAGGGGGCCGCCUCUUCGGCGACCCGGGCCGCAUGCAGGCCUACGAGAGCAGCGAGGUCCCUCUCAGCGAGCUGCUCGACGAGCUCUCCGCGCCCCACCCCCGCUACUACGCCGCCCGACUCCAGCUGCGGCGCAGCCUGCCCGAGCUCCUCGCCGACCUCGACGAGACACACCCUGCAGCAGCGCUCGAGGGAGGCCCCGCCGCAGCUCUCGGGGGGGCGCCCCCGCCCCCUCCCCUCUCUCCGCCCGCGGACGGGGCCGACGAGCCGCCCAUGCCGCCCCCAGGCGCCAAGGAGCUCACCCUCUUCCACCCGGCCGACACGCCCAACCUCUACCCCGCCGGCGAGCGAAACUCGGCCGCCGUGUACUCGCUCGCAAACCUGUGCGACCCGGCCGACGCAGAUCGCUUCCCCGCGCUGGCGGAGGCGCGGCCGCUCCGUGCGCUCGUGCGGGAGGGCGAUGUGCUCUAUCUACCGUGCGGCUGGUGGCACGCAGUGCGCGGCUCGGAGGGGAGGAACCUGUCGGUUAACUACUGGUUCGCGCUGCACGAGUCCAAGGCGGACGCGCGGGUCGAGGUGGACGGUAUCGUGGCGCGCGCCGCGAGGGAGGCCGCGGCGCUGGGAUAA